GUGUGGCGUGCUGCGCACACUCACGCGCGGGUGAAAGGAAACGGACGCUGAUUGUGUCAAGCGCACCAAGUCAGAGACGCUGCUCGACAAUGACAUAAACGGACGGUACCUGAGCUGACGCUUCCUACUGCUGCAGACACAGGUUGGACAAUAAAGUUCUUUUACAGGUUCAUUCUGAUGCCUCAGCUGUAGAGUCAGACCAAUGUAAUGGAGCCUCCAGAGUCCACAGAGCCCGGUCAGCAGAUUGUGGACUGGCUGUCCACCCUGCGUCUUUCCCAGUAUAUCCCAUAUUUCCAGCAGAAAGGGUACCACGUUCUGGAAGACUGCAAGGACCUCACAGAUGAACAGCUGCUGGAACUUCGAGUCUUUCCUACUGGCCAUCGUAGGCGUAUCCUCCGCAGUCUGGAAGCUUUGGGAGUUGGAAAACCAGUGCCAUAUCCCAGGAAAAUUUUCCUUAAGGAUAGAAAACGAGGGACUUCAUCUCAGCACUCCAAGCCAAAAGAAAUAUUUGAGUGCAAUUCGGGGAGUCAGACCUUACCUCCAGGAGCAGGUCUGGGAUCAGUAACUGAAGGCACAAACCUUUGCCCACCACAACCCGCCCCAAGAAACCCCAAGAACACCCAAACGUCUGAGUCUUUGGAUGGUUGGAUUCCUCCCUCUGUGUCCUCCAGCAGCAGCACAGAGUCUCUAGAUAUGACAGCAAUGCCCCCAGACUGGGAGAUUACCCCAGAGGAGCAGUUGUUGCCGAGCGUUGACUCAGCGUCCUGCUCUGCUGACAACUUCCACCAACCUGGGACUGACAUCCACAGGGUAUUUACUGGUGAAAUGGUAGAAAACUCCAUCUACGAGACUCAGCCCGUGGUCAGUUCUUCUCCAGGUCCACGGCUGACUCGCUCCUACAGGCUGAGGCACCGGCCUGUUCCUGAGAUCCCAGUUCAGGCAGUACUGCCCUUCCAGAACAGGAGCACCACAGCGGCGCAGACAAGCAGCUCAGAUCAACUAACCGGCUCUGAAGGUCCCGCUGCUGCAAACUGCAUACAGAAAGCUCCUCUUCAAAGAACCCUGACACCUAUUGUUCCCUAUGGAGAAAUGUUUCUGUACAACAAACCUGAGAAAGAAGCGGACCAGGGUGUGCAGCUGGGUUUGAAGGAGAAUAUAAAGCAGAAGAAGAAGAAGAAGAGAUUAAAGAUACCUAAACAGAAGGAGGCAGAGGAAAACGAUCCAGCGACUCCAGUCACUUCAGACCUGGUUGAAGAUGAGUAUUCAACAGUGGAAGAGUGCACCAGCGUUCUGCCUCAGGUCGCCUCACAAGCAAACUUUGCCCUUCCCACUGAGAAUCCAGCGAUCUGUGCAGCUGCCCCCGCUCCAAAGGAUGGAGGCUUGGUCAUGGUGGCAUGCGACCUGUACUCAGACUCCAUGGACACUCUGCAGAGGGUUGGGAGCAAGACUGUGCUGCCUGACAUUUCUCCCUACGCCUGCUUUUAUGGAGGCCCCAAACACCAAGUGCUUAAAGCGGGCUGGCUGGACAAACUGUCGCCUCAGGGAAACUGCGUCUUUCAGAGGAGGUGGGUUCGUUUCGAUGGUGACAGCCUGGCCUACUACAACAGUGACAAGGAGAUGUAUUCCAAAGGCAUGAUCCUGGCCACAGCUAUCAGACAGGUACGAGGACUGGGUGACAACAAGUUUGAGGUGGUCACCUCUCUGAGGACCUUCAUAUUCCGGGCCGAUAGAGAAGGGGAGCGUCAGGAGUGGAUGGAAACUCUUCAGUCUGCCACGCAGCCCCCGUCCUGCAGCUCCCAGAAGCCCUCCGACAGCCUUCUCCACCCCCCCUCCACAAACAGGCGAGGCCUGCUGGAUCUCCGCGGUUACAAAGGCAGAGUGCUGGUGUCCCUGGCGGGAAGUAAAGUCAGGCUCUGUAAAACAGAACAGGACUACAGAGCAGGGCUGGCGAUUGCUGAAGUGGAACUGACUGCAGCCCAUAUCAAAGACAUGGACCGCAGGAGUUUUGAAAUCAACACACCCUUCAAAAACUUCUGCUUCACAGCCGAGACAGAAUGCGAGAAGGAGGAGUGGAUUGAAGCGAUCCAGGAAUCGAUCGCUGAGACACUUUCUGACUAUGAAGUGGCGGAGAAGAUUUGGUUCGACGAGGCCAACAGGAUCUGUGCAGACUGUUGCGCCCCACAGCCGGAGUGGGCGUCGGUCAAUCUGGGCGUUGUAAUCUGCAAGAAAUGUGCAGGCCAGCACCGCUCUCUUGGCCCCAGCAUUUCCAAAGUACGCAGCUUGAAGUUGGACAGCAGUAUUUGGAGCAAUGAACUUGUGGAGCUAUUUCUGGAGGUUGGCAAUAAAAAUGCUAACAGUUUUUGGGCUGCUAAUCUGCCGCUGGAAGAGGAAAUCCACAGCGCGGCCUCAAUGGAACAGCGUGCAACGUUUAUACGCAGGAAGUACCGGGAGAGAAAGUACCGGAAAGUCCUGGAGGGCAUUGAAGACCUGGAACAGCUCAACCAGGCGUUGUGUGCAGCCGUCGUCUCCUCUGACGUUCUUCGGACCAUGAUGCUGGUGUUCAGCGGGGCAGAUGUCAUGUGUGCCACUGGAGACCCCAGCUGCUCCACACCCUACCAGUUAGCACAACGUGCUGGGCAGAAGCUUCAGAUGGAGUUCCUGCACCAGAACAAAUUAUCAGAUUUCCCCAGACUGGAGCAGUGGUCGGAAAAUCCCUCUAUGUCCGAUGCGGUCUCCCUCUUUAUGGAUGGCUUCCUCUACAUCUCCUCCAGCCCUGGAAAGUCGCCGUUGGACCGCCGCAGAAGAGACGACAUGGCUCGUCGCUGGUGCACCCUAGAGGGCGGCUUCCUCAGUUACUAUGAGAGUGAGCGAAGCUCUUCAGCCAUCGGCAGAGUGGACAUCAGCACCGUGGUCAGCCUGGCAAUUAGCACCACGGAGACUAUGACUGGAGCAGGAGCGGUGUUAACCAUGGAGCUGUACCUGCAGACAGAGAGGGUUCUGAUCGUUGGAGCCGAAACACAGGAAACACAGCAGGACUGGAUCCAAGCUCUAACCAAGUGCUUCAUCCCUGCCAAAGUGGAGAACCUGGUGCUGAAGGACAGCGAGCUGAUCGGCAAACUCUACUACAAAGAAGGUCACGACCUCUACCAUUGGAGGACAGGCUGGUUUAUGCUGGAAGGUUCUGCUCUGCACUUCAGCUCAGGGGAGGACGAAGGAGAGGAGGAGGUGCUUCAGCUCAAACAGCUGCAGGAGCUGACUGUUUCCACACAUACUGAAGGUGAGGAGAAGAUCCAGGUUCUGCUGAUGGUGGAGGGUGGGAGGACAGUCUACAUCCACGGCUUCAGCAGGACGGACUUUGAACUGUGGCACUCUGCCAUUACACUGGCUGCAGGCACAGACGGCAGGGCCUUCAGUGACCAGCAGUUGACUAAAAAUGGAGUGCCCAUCAUUGUGGACAGUUGUCUGGCUUUUGUCACACAGUACGGAUUGUGUUUGGAGGGAGUCUACCAGAGAUCUGGUGACCCUGGCCGUGCUGACCUUCUUCUGCAGGAGUUCACCAGUGAUGCCCGUAACGUGAAGCUGAGGGAGAAGGAACAUCAGCUGGAUGAUGUGACGGACACACUGAAGAGUUUUUUAUCCCAAACAGAGGACGCACUUCUGACUAAGGAGCUCUACCCGUACUGGGUGUCAGCUCUGGAUGAAAAGGAAGAGGAGCAGAGAGUAAAGAAAUAUUCUGCUUUCAUCGAAAGUUUGCCUAAAAGUAACCGCUCCACACUGGAGGCCCUGCUGCAGCAUCUAUACAGGAUUCAACUUUGUUCCCACCUCAACCUCAUGUCCAGUGACAAGCUAGCCUCCGUCUUCUCUCCCUGCUUGUUCCAGACUCAGGGACAAAUGCCACAGGAGAUCAGUGUGGUCUGUGACCUCAUCAACAAUUACAUCACACUCUUCAAAAUCAAUGACGAGCAGGUGCAGCAGAUGGAGAGAGAGAACAGUUUCAUCUCACGCUGGAAUGACAAGAAGGACACCACAUUCUCACCAGCUGGAGACCUGAUUUUUGAGGUGUACCUGGAAAAACGAGAGCCAGACAAAUGCUGCCUUAUCAAGAUUUCUCCCAGCAUGCGAUCGUCUGAGCUCGUGGAAACUGCCUUAAGAACCAGGAAUGUGACCUUUACUGCCAGUGACUGCUGGACCACCUUUGAAGUGAUUGAGAACGGAGAGUUGGAGAGACCGUUGCAUCACAGUGAGAAGAUUCUUGAGCAGGUGUUGGAGUGGAGCGCCUUGGAUUUUCCCAGUUCUGCUUUUCUUGUAAUUAGGAAGUUCGCAGAAGCUAAAAGAAUGACUAACAAGAAAGGAGACCAAAAACAGCUUAUCCGAGGCGAGUAUCUGAAGUUCAGCGACGGCUCCUCCAAACUGCUGUCGGGGCACAAAUUCCAAGACAAAUAUGUAGUGCUGCAUGCAGAGAAGCUGCUGCUUUACAGAGAUAUCAAAAGUGCCAAAGCUGAGAAAGUAAUCCUGUUCAAGUCUGUGAAAUGUUUCCUCGGCAUGAGGAAAAAGUUUAAACCUCCAACCAGCUUUGGUUUCACAGUCUACUCAGAAAAACAACAGUGGCUUUUCUGCAGCGAGAAGAGGGAGGCUCAGGUCAGCUGGGUGACGGACAUAAUCAAAAUGAAGUACGGCUCUGACCUUUGUUUAAAGCCUGAUAACUCAAAAGAGGCUCCAAUUGACAAGUCCUCCAGAGGAGGCGCUGUGACUGAAGGUGGCAAGAUUGCCACAUUCAACAAGAGUUUUGAAAAAAAGUUGCCUGACCUCAGGAUCUCUCCGUCUUGGCCGAACCAGGCCACUAACAAAGAUGUCGUCCUACACAAAAACACCACUGCCACUUUCCCCAGACUGAAGAUGGUGGAUAAUCCACAGAACCGACUCUGUGUCGAUCUGGGUCCUCCUCUACGGCGUCCUUCUCCAUCCCCGUCCAGAAACCCUCAGCUCAUGGGUUUGGCCUGUUCUUCGAAGAACGUUCGGAAAACUGUCCCCAAAAAAAUAGUUCCAGGUGCAGAGGGAGUGAUGCCCCCCAAUCUGAUGAACGAACUGAACUUGGUGCUGAGUAAGACGGGCCGCAGCGCCCAGAGCAGUGAGUGAAGGGAGGAGAAGUAGGCAAGAGAAAGAAAAGCUGACGGGUCUCGUGGAGACCUAACAAACUUGGAGGGAAAAAAAAAAACACACCACCAGAGAAUGCACAUGGAACAAAGCUGAGUUCUUUUCAUGCGAAGCGGGUUGUAGACCUGAAGGCUGCUUUUCAACUCGGACCUACAGUAUAAAGCAGUUCUGAUGCACAGGUGGAUAUGAGAGGCAGGUGCAGGAGACUUUGGAGGCGGUGCAGAUCUCAGCUGGACAUAAAGCUGACCUGAGCACUACAAAAUGUGAUUUAUAAAGCACUCUGAGAGCAGAAUGAAAGUCAGACCGAGUGAGAGAGAGAGAGAGAGAGAGAGGGAGAGAGAGUGCUAUCCAGCUGUCAAACUUCAGACACAGAAAUUCUCCACAGCUAGCUUGAAGCUGCAGUGUCUCCAAAAAAUAUUUUGUAAAGUUUCUGAGAAGAUCUGAUUAUUUUGAUUUACAUUUCACCCUGGUAGCACUUAAGUUUAAAAGAAACUGCUAUAUGAUGUUGCAGCUGUCAAAAUGGGUUUAUUUAAAGUAGUCUUAACUGUCAUAGGGAGAAGAGUUGUAUUGAAAAUACACAAACGUAUAGGAAACAAAGUUGCUAUUUUUGCAGAUGACAUAUAUUCAACUAUUUUGUGUAAAUGUAUUUAUUUUUUACUAUAAUAACACGGUCACAUUAAAUUGUGUCACGACUGGAUCUAUUUUUUUAAAUUUCAGAAUUGUUUUUUGUGGCAGUCUAAUAGUAAAUACUUGAAUAAAAAAGGGCAUAGUUUAUUUUUUUACAUUUUCUUGCUGGAAAACUGAACAGAACAAUACAAAGUUUAAUUUUUGAUAUUUUGAUUGUUUUUCGUUAUGAAUAAUAGCAAAUGUGAAAAAUAAUAAAAAAAGUAAAAAAAAACAUAAACCAAAAAUGCGAGUACAUUUAACCGCAGUACAAUUUACUUAAUUUACAAUUUAUAAGUUUGUUAUAUUAUAUUAUCAAUGACAUAAUUAUCUGCCAAAUUAACUUACACUGUUUAAACUUUGUAUUUACAGUAAAUAUAAUUAUAAUGAGUUUUUUUUUUUUUUUUUUUUUAGAAGACGUGAAAGAUAGAGGAGACUCCUACUGGUAAGGGCUGCUUACUGGAACAUAGGCAUUUUAAGAUUUAUUUUAUUUAGUUUUUACUGGGAAGCACGGGUGUCACCAAAGGAUGCUACUUUAUUUUGUUGAUAAAAGUCAUUGAACACAGUCUGGUGUUUGGGUCUUGGUUAUGUAUGGUUUCCUCACUAUAAAACCUUAAUUUCUAGCACAUACCGCCAUGGGUCAAAUGGUUGUUUACCUGUAUACAUUUCUGCAGUGGUGUUUACAUGUCUUCCAGAAUUUUCCUCAAAAACAGUAAACAGUAAAAACACUUGAACAACA